AUGCUCCCCCUCUCUGGAGCUCACCUCUCCUCAAAUGGCUCUGCAGCGAGGCAGGGUGGGUUCGAGAGAACGAGAAGAACCAUGCUAGAGGGCUGGUCUGUCUUAAAUAAGUUUUUUGGGAGUAGGUGAUUGGUUAAGGAGACAAAUGAGGCGUGGUUCCGCUGCCGAACCUUUGCUAACAAGUUAACUCCAUUUAAAAUCCUUGUAGGUAGGUACCAUGUAGGUAGUUACCUCUAAAGUUUUAUUAACGUGCUCCUGAAAUCCCGAACUUCAUUCACACAUGCUUCUUGUGGAAAAAUAAGAAUCAAGCUUUGUAAUUUAUCUGACAAAUAACAGUGAUUUUUCACAGCAAGAAACCUGAUGUUCUUGUUUUUUCCACUUCUUUUUUUUAGAUUGAUCAAUUUUUUAUCUACAAAGAAAGAAAUAUGGAUGAAUGUAUUGAUGAAGUGUGCUGUGGAAAAAACUUGGACAUCAGAUAUACGGUGAAGGAUGACAUCGGGAACCAUGUUUUUAGUAUUCUUGAGGACAGCGAUUACUGUAGCCGGAAUAUCCACACAGGACGGUCCUUUACCAUGAAUAUUGUUAAUGACUCAAAUAAAGAGGUCAUCAGACUUGAGCAUCCGUUUAUAUGCUGGUCCUGCAGUGGCCACGAGGUGGAGGUUCAAUCUCCACCGGGUGUUCCCGUCGGACAUGUUCGACAAAACUGGCAUGUUUGUCAACCUAAAUUCACAGUUGAGAAUAAUCAACGUGAACCUGAAUUUAAGAUCGUAGGACCAUGUGUCCCUCUUAGCUUCUGCGUGGAUCAGGAGUUUGAGCUGGUGUCUCUGAGCGGUUCAGCGUUUGGCAAGAUCGUGAAACCUUUCUCCUGCAGUUGCGUAAAUGUGAAUGCUGAUUUUGUUCUGCAAUUUCCAGUCAACCUGGAAGACAAGAUGAAAGCUACUCUUCUGGGGGCCUGCGUGCUUAUUGACUUUGUGUAUUAUGAUCCACCAAAACAACCUUUGCUAAGUCUACUAAGUGUGUUCAAGUGAGGCUUACGUCAGAAAAAAGACAGAAGGAAGAUGAUUGAUUACAGAAUGGUUGGGAAAAAAUCUCCAUGUAAUAUUGGAGUCGAACAUUGUCCAUCUUUUUAGCUUUAACAACACAAUUAACAUAUAUUAGGUAGAAGAGGCCAGGAAUAAGUAAGUAACACGUAUUAACGAAUGAUUAAGAGACAUUUUUAAUAACAAACUAAACUUUUUUUAGUUAACCUAAAAGCUCCUACACUUUUUGUUUACGUUUAUCGUCAGCGUUUUACGAGACAUUUUUCAGUAUUCAAACCCAAGCGCUUUUCACUGGCGUCAAGCAG